GUGAGCCCCAGGCACCAGCCACGAGGUAGCCAGCCAGGGCCUGGGUCUCAAUGGCUACGUGGAGGCGGGAUAGCCGGCUAACCUGCAGCCAGCGGCUCCUGUGUGCAGGACUGGCGGGGGCAUUCAGCCUCAGCCUCACCGCGCCCCUGGAGCUCGCCACUGUGCUCGCCCAGGUCGGAAUGGUGCAAGGCCACACCCAGGGGCUGUGGGCCACGGGACGCCGCGUAUGGCUGGCCGAGGGGCCGAGAGCCCUGUGGAAGGGGAACGGCGUGGCUUGCCUGCGCCUCUUCCCCUGCAGCAUGGUGCAGCUGGCCGCCUACCGAAAGUUUGUUGUGCUGUUCAUGGAUGACCUAGGCCAUAUUUCCCAGUGGAGCUCCAUUGUGGCCGGAAGUCUGGCGGGCAUGGUUUCCAUGAUUGUCACAUACCCUACAGACCUCAUCAAAACCCGUUUGAUUGUGCAGAACAUGCUGAAACCAUCUUACAGGGGGCUUAUUCAUGCUUUUUCUACUAUUUAUCAACAAGAAGGGUUCCUCGCCCUUUAUCGAGGGGUAUCCCUCACUGUUUUAGGUGCUGUUCCCUUCUCUGCUGGCUCCCUUCUAGUUUACAUGAACCUGGAGAAAAUCUGGAAUGGACCUCGGGACCGCUUCUCUCACUUGCAAAACUUUGCCAAUGUCUGUAUGGCUGCUGCUGUGAGCCAGACUCUUUCCUUUCCCUUUGACACUGUGAAGAGAAAGAUGCAGGCUCAAAGUCCUUAUCUUCCCCACUGUGGAGAAGUAGAUGUCCAUUUCUCUGGAGCACUGGACUGCUUCCGGCAGAUAGUGAAGACCCAAGGGGUAUUGGGGCUCUGGAGUGGACUGACAGCUAACUUACUAAAGGUAGUUCCAUAUUUUGGACUUAUGUUUAGCAUGUUUGAGUUCUGUAAGAGAAUUUUUCUUUAUCAAAAUGGGUACAUCCUGUCCCCACUGACAUAUAAAUUGACUCCAGGAGUGGACCAAAGUUUGAAGCCCCAGGAAUUACGGGAAUUAAAGAAAUUCUUCAAACCCAGAAAACUGGAAUCUAAAAAACCAACUCUGUAAAACUGCUGGAACUUCACCUGUGGGAAGACUUGCAGAUGAAC